AUGUGGUCAUUGGCAAUCACCACCGCCAUCCUUUCCUUUGCGUCGUCAGCCUUCUGCGCCGACAAGGGAAAUCUAACGACACCACUCACCUCGAAAGUCAUUCUUCCUUCGACAUUCACACCUCCACAGAACUUCCAGAAUGCCAAUUUGGUCCAUGUUAUCAGUUUGGAAAAGAACUACCCAAAAGAGUCGAUCAAUGUGAUCAUUGAGAACAUUGCGAGUACCGCCCAGGAUGAAUACUUUAUCCCAUUCACAUCGCAGCAGAUGGCGACAAUAGGAGGGCUGGAGGUCAAGGAUAGGAAAGAUGCGGAUGCUGGCUUGUUCGCGGUGGAUGCCGUCGAAUUCGACACGAAGAGUGAUACACAGUUCUACCGCAUUCGUCUGCCAACACCCCUAGCUCCAAAAGCGCAGCAAACUCUGGGGAUCUCGUUUUCAUAUCUCUCGGCCUUGAAUCCUCUUCCUGCGAAUAUUGCCCAGAUGGACAAGCAAUACUUGGUGUAUACCUUUUCAGCAUAUUGUCAAUCAGCCUACGUUACACUCAAGCAAAAGACCGAGGUGAAAUUCCCAUCAACCAAUAUCCCCGAAUACACCAUCCUACCUGGAGAAGGUGGUGAAAAGGAGUCUCCUCAAAAGUCUGGCACCAAGUUCACCUAUGGUUCGUACGGAAAGCUGCCAGCUGGAGCCAUUGAGCCAGUCAAGGUCCGAUACGAGUUCACAAAGCCAUUGAUCCAUGUCUCGAGCUUGGAAAGGGAUGUCGAAGUCAGUCACUGGGGGGGAAACAUUGCUUUCGAGGAGAGAUAUGUCAUGACAAACCGAGCUGCGAACUUAUCCAAGCCAUUUUCCCGUGUUGAAUGGGCUUCUCAGCAGUACUAUAACCCCCCAACCUCUGCAAUCCGGGAUCUCAAGUUCCCAUUGAAGGUCGGAAGCCUGGAUCCUUACUUUACCGAUGUCAUUGGUAAUGUUUCUACCUCCCGAUUCCGAAGCAACAAGCGGGAAGCCCACCUCGAAAUUAAGCCUAGAUUCCCAGUCUUCGGAGCCUGGAACUAUCCUUUCCGUGUUGGAUGGAGUGCGGAUUUGAAGAACUACCUGCGAAAGCUUAACACUGGAAAUGGAUAUGUCCUUAAUGUUCCUUUCCUUGAAGGACCAAAGCAACCAGAGGGUAUGGAGUACGAGCAUGUUGAGCUCCGUGUGAUCCUUCCAGAGGGUGCAGAAAACAUCCAAUACAGCACCACAGUACCCCUCGUCAGCACAUCCAUCUCCCUACACCGAACAUUCAUGGACACCACAGGUCGCACUACCCUCACGCUCAAGGCCAUCAAUAUCGUGGAUGAAUUCCGUGAUCGUGAACUGAUUGUCACCUACGAAUAUCCAUUCCUUGCAGGCUUCCGAAAGCCAAUUGUCAUUUUUGUCACUAUGGUGAGCUUGUACACCGCGGCGUGGGGCAUCGGUACACUAGAUAUCAGCAUAAAGGGAAAGAAAAGGUCAUAA